CUUGACACUGGUGACAACCGGUGGGCUGAGCUGCGGCUGUGACAAAGUCAAAUAUAACGUGGUGGCUGUCGCUUUUACGCAGAAAAUGAGAGCUUAGUCUGGCCAUGCAGCUGUAGCCUACUUAAAACAGGCGAAAUUCUAAAAAGUGAUUAGGGUCAUUCUAGGAUUAUUACAUUUUGUUCAACAGUCUACAGUCAUGCGAAUAAGGAGUUGACAAAUGAGGAACACAGAUGAUAACGUUGUAGAGAAGGAAGACGCAGAGGUGAUGGAGGAACCGACACGAAACUAGACCAAAACGAAUGAACAUGAAGAUUUUAUAUGAGGGGACCCAGGACGUGGUUUUAAUGCUUUAUGGAAUCUAAAUAACUUUUUUUUUUUACUACCAUGCAUAAGAGAUGGAUACGUCGGAGGCUGCCAGUCUUGAUUUUCGCCUUCUUCAUCAUUCUUUACGUGGAUUUUCAAUUACGCACAAGCAGCCUUCCCAAAGUCAGUGUGGCUCACCAUCCUUCACCCGGUGCGCUUCAACGCUCCAUCCAGCAGGCUCCCUCCCCGGCCAAGGACGCACAGACUCCGGCUAGCUCCAGUCGCAGCGGGGAUGGAGGACACCCGGACUCUGAAGUUGCACAUGUCACCCAGCCGAAACUGAAGCUGGAAGACAUCUUCAUCGCUGUGAAGACCACCGGGAGGUUCCACAAGACGCGCCUUGCGCUCCUUUUGGAGACGUGGAUCUCCAGAACCAAGGCGCAAACGUUCAUUUUCACAGACACGGAGGAUGAGGACUUAAGUUCAGAAGGUCUUAACAUGGUGGUAACAGGUUGUCAGUCAGAUCACAGCCAGCAGGCUCUGUCCUGCAAGAUGUCUGCUGAGUAUGAUGGCUUCAUGGCGUCAGACAAGAGGUGGUUUUGUCAUGUGGACGAUGAUAACUACGUGAACCCGGAUGCCCUCCUCUCCCUGCUCUCGGCCUUCCCCAAGGACAGCGACAUUUACGUGGGCAAACCGAGCCUGAACAAGCCCAUCACUGCUCACGAACUGCUGGAGGGAAAUGCAACGAGGGAAGUGCAGUUCUGGUUUGCUACGGGAGGAGCAGGAUUCUGUCUGAGUCGGCGGCUGGCGGAGAAGAUGUCUCCCUGGGCCAGCGGCUCCCGGUUCGAGCAAACGUCAGCGAAGAUCCGUCUCCCUGACGACUGUACGGUGGGCUUCAUCGUGGGGAAGAGGCUGGGCAUCUCCAUGGUCCACUGUCCUUUAUUCCACUCCCACCUGGAAAACCUGCUGCUCAUCAGCCACAGGAGCAUACCACACCAGGUGACUCUGAGCUAUGGGAUGUUUGAGAACAAGAUGAACAGCAUUGAAGUGAAAGGAAGAUUCUCUAAGGAGGAAGACCCCUCCAGGUUUAAGACUGUCCACUGCAUGCUGUAUCCUUUCACCAGCUGGUGUCCUUGAACUCUUCAUAGAAGACUACAGCUUCCAAACACACAUGGGAUGAGACUGGUGGAUAAAGAACAAUUUGAGAUGCAGACACAGCAGCUGGAGAAUAAGAAAGUAGGAGUGAAACUUUGGACGACAGAGUAACAGUAAAAAUCUGGUGACCCAGACCUGCUCUCUCUUAGUUUGCCUCCUGAACCUGCUUAUAAGAGUGAUCAGAUGGAUGCUCACGGAUGCAGAAAAUAGGAUAUUAACAGGAUCUUGACUGGAUGAACUGGAAAGGCCUUCUCUUCUUCGCAUCUGUUUUACAAACAGACUGUUACAUGAAGAAAAUGGUGACCUUAUGCAUCUUUACUAUUAAAUGUUCUUGUUUGUUUGGAGGAUUUUAGCACUUAAGAAAAGACACAACAGUUGUUUUGUUGACAAAAAUAAUCAUUUGUUCAAUCAGUUUGUUUCUGUUUCCAUUGAUUUUGCAUGUGGCCUUCUCCGUGUGUGUGUGUGUGUGUGUGUGUGUGUGUGUGUGUGUGUGUGUGUGUGUGUUUGAGUGUGUGUUUUUAUGAAGGGGACGGUGUCCUUGUGCCUAUGAAGUCUGCACACAAUGAACCAUUCUGACACACAUCUCCUUCCUUAUCCAAACCUCCUGUCCUCCCUCCCUCCUUUUCUCUGUUGCUCCCAUCUUCCCUCCACCCCUCCAUCUGUCUCCAUGAUUACUCAGUCUUUUCCACAAUCGCUGUGCUGGGUCCUCCAAGGCCAGGGCUGAAAGUAAAAUGAACUUACACUCA